AUGCGAAGCAAUAUAUUAUUAUUAUUCAUUUUUAUUACCAUUGGUGUUUGUCUUUGGUUAAUGCCAACUAGUACUGAGGCUUAUCCAUUUCAACGAAAUAAUUUUGGACGUUGCCCGCCAUGUAACCUUUAUUGUCCAUGUGGAUAUGUUCUUGAUGGAAAGGCCUGCCCAAGUUGCCGUUGUCGACCAUCGAAUACAUGCACUGGUAGACAUCCAAAUGCUUUUGGACAAUGGCCGUUUAUAAAAUCAAAGAUUGUAUAUUGA